UAUAAAGCUCGACAUCAAUAGAAACGUAAAUUGUAUUGUUUGUAGUUCGACCUAAUAUGAAUUGUUAACAAGGGGGCGAGUAUUUGAUUUGUUAACAAAUAGUAUUAUAAUAUCCUCUGUAAUAAUUGUGAUCGUUGGUUCUGAAGUGAUUAUUUUUUUAAAGUUGUCUUAGUCGGUGCUAUUGUUUGUUUGACGGUGUCACUGGUGUCAGUCAGAGCCAGCAGAAGAGCAGAAGGAUAUAAAUAGAUUAAGCCACAGGGUAGCGAAGUUUGAUAGUUUGUGUCAAGUUAAAAACAAAACAUAACAGACAAUGGUGUGAUAAAUAUUCUUAUAAUUAUUAGAUUAGAAGAGAGUGUACAUAUAACCAAUGAGCAACAUGGCUAUGUCAAAUUUUUAUUCUAAAAUAUCCCAAAAACCCAUUAAGAGGAUUCAGGAUAUAAAUGUUUCUCAGACCAACCAAUGGGUAAAUGUGGAAACACUUAAUAAUGGAGGACUAUCAAUAUCACCACCCAACAACAUCUCACAACGAGAAUCGAUGCAGAUUACCCAACCUGCGAGUGCACCCACGUCACCCCUUGCGUCUCCCAACUUUAUCACAUCAACAAACUUCAAUCUUACAUGCUCCAGUCUUACUACUCUCGACUCAAAUUGGCAAGCCACCAAGUCAACUGUUAGAGAAAGAAAUGCUGCCAUGUUCAAUAAUGAGCUUAUGGCAGAUAUUAGAUUUAUAGUUGGGAGUCCAGGUCAGACACAGAAGAUUCCUGCUCACAAGUACGUUUUAGCCACAGGUAGUUCUGUUUUCUAUGCCAUGUUUUAUGGCGGACUCGCAGAAAACAAAGAUGAAGUUGAAGUUCCUGAUGUUGAGCCUUCAGCAUUUUUAACAUUGCUCAAGUACCUGUACUGUGACGAGAUCCAGUUAGAAGCAGACACUGUGCUGGCCACUCUGUAUGUUGCCAAGAAGUACAUCGUGCCACACCUGGCCCGUGCCUGUGUCACCUAUCUGGAGACUAGCCUGACUGCCAAGAACGCCUGUCUGCUGCUGUCACAGUCCAGACUGUUUGAAGAGCCUGAUCUGAUGCAGCGUUGUUGGGAGGUUAUUGACGCUCAGGCAGAAAUGGCACUCCAUUCAGAAGGCUUUGUUGAUAUAGACCUUAACACUUUGGAAAGUGUGUUGGGCCGUGAAACUCUAAACUGUAAAGAAAUGCAUCUGUUUGAGGCGGCUUUGAGUUGGGCUGCUGCAGAAUGUGUUCGUAGAGACUUGGAACCCACCGCACAAAACAAACGCCAAGUGUUAGGUUCAGCUCUUUACCUAGUUCGAAUACCCACAAUGAGCCUCGAUGAGUUCGCUAAUGGAGCCGCACAACUUGGAAUCUUAACCCAGCAAGAGACUAUUGACUUAUUUCUACACUUCACUGCACAUAACAAACCACAUUUGAACUAUCCUACAAAACCUCGAGCUGGACUCAAACCCCAGGUCUGUCACAGGUUUCAGUCUUGUGCCUAUCGCAGCAAUCAGUGGCGGUAUCGAGGUCGUUGUGACAGCAUUCAGUUUAGUGUCGACAAACGAAUAUUCAUUGUAGGGUUUGGACUUUACGGUUCUUCCAACGGUGCUGCAGAUUACAGUGUAAAAAUUGAAUUGAAACGGUUGGGACGGGUCCUUGCUGAAAACAACACAAAGUUCUUUUCCGACGGUUCCAGUAACACAUUUCACGUGUACUUUGAGCAUCCGAUACAGAUAGAGCCCGAGUCGUUCUACACAGCGUCUGCAGUGCUGGACGGUGUGGAACUGAGCUACUUUGGCCAGGAGGGCCUCAGCGAGGUAACGGUGGGUUGUGUCACGUUCCAGUUCCAAUGUUCCUCAGAGAGUACCAACGGAACUGGGGUGCAGGGAGGCCAGAUACCCGACCUCAUCUUCUACGGGCCAUCUACAUUCACAACAGAUGAACACUGAUUGUACACCUUGACUUGAUGAUUCUCCUAAUUUAUCCAGUGCACACCAAUUGGAAAAAUUUUACAAAAAUACCUUCAGAUGCACUUAAUAUUAGGUUUUUAAAACAUAUUUUCAUGUAUUUAGCGAUCUUUUGAGUGUUAAAAAGCGAGUAGGAAUGUAGAUUACAGUCAAUUAGGCACAGUAUAUUGAUAAAUAAUUUGACCUAUCACAUUGUUCUAAUCAUUAGAGUAUAUUUAGAAUGUAAGUAAGUUAUUAAAUCAUUAAUUCAAAUGUCAAGACUUUCCUACUUCCAGAAAGUUUGUAUUUUAUUUCUCUAUUUUUAAGAGGAUUACUAUAAAGUCCUAAAAAUUUAUAUUCUAAAUGAGUUGAGUUGUAAAUAUACUUAAAAUUUUAAUAACAAUGCAAAUAACAAAGAAUGUAAGAUAUUUAUUUCAAGUAAUUAUUUAAAUAAUAAAGUAGAAGAACAUGUACACUAGUUUCAACUUGUAUUAUUUGAAA